AAAUAACCCAAAUUAGGAUAAUACAGAUAUCAAAUGUCAGAAUAGUACAGAUAUCCCCCAAACGUCAGAACAGUACAGAUAUUCCCCAAAUGUCAGGACAGUACAGAUACAGUCAGGACAGUACAGAUAUCCCCCAAAUGUCAGGACAGUACAGAUAUCCCCCAAAUGUCAGGACGGGACAGUACAGAUAUCCCCCAAAUGUCAGGACGGUACAGAUAUCCCCCAAAUGUCAGGACAGUACAGAUAUCCCCCAAAUGUCAGCACGGUACAGAUAUCCCCCAAAUGUCAGGACAGUACAGAUAUCCCCCCAAAUAUCA